AGCUAGAAAAUAUUGGGUUUAAAAGCGCUUAGUUUGCAAUGUGUAAACGUCAUGCCUCAUUUAAUAACAAAACAGGAUGUCAAUGAAAUUAUCGAUGUCACCUAAACUAGAAAACAAAAUUGUACUUUAUCCAAAUAAUUUAAUUUAAAUAACAAUUGAAUACACAAAAACAGAUAAACAUGGAGGUGUCUGGUAAAAAACCAUUAACGAAGAUUUCAUCACCAAUAUCUCAUAGUUCUGAAGAAGAUUUUAAAUUAUUCUGCACACCAUGUGAUCGGGUGGGUCCUAGAUUGCCUGCAUUUGGAUUCUGUAUCCAUUGCAAUGAGCAUCUAUGUCAAAAUUGCUUUCAACAUCAUAAAGUAGCAACACCUAGCAGACAUCAUGUACUUCUUGACAGAGAAUCUAUGCCAAAAACACAUCUGCCAUCUAAAACAACUCCUAAUGCACAGGAUGACUUAACAAAAUCUUGCCUUAGACAUAAGAACAAAAUGAUCGAAUAUUACUGCUUUGACCAUUCCAAACUUCUCUGUAAUGUUUGUGUUACUUUGGAACACAAUCCAAACUCUUGUACAGUAAAGUUUAUUCCUGAUAUUUCUGGUGAAGUCAUUGACAGCCAAGAGCUGGAACAUGUAAAAACAAAAAUGGACACAAUCAUUCAAGAGUGUAACACAGUAGAGAAAACAUGUAAAGUUUUGACAACAGAAUCUGAUAAUUCUCUAGCUCAAGCUCUCAACAAUAUCAAAGCGUAUAGGGCGGAACUUAACAAAAAAUUGGAUGAAAUGGAAAAUGCAGUUGAAGUUAAAGUGAAAUAUUUUCUGGAGGAAAACAAACAAAGACUACAUAGUGCUGAAACAAUAUGUGAAGAUGUUAGUAAAUCUGUAACAGCACUAAAAGCAAGCAUCAUAGAAACAAACAAGGCCAAACAACCAGAUAGACUUUUUAUAGAUAUGAAAAUUGCUCAUCAAGAGAUAUGUGAGUACAGUGCUUCUGUUAAAGACCUUAAAGAAGUCUUAGAGGUAAAUGCCUACCAUUUUCAACCAAAUACGUCUAUAAAAACGUCUAUGAAUUCUAUCACAACUCUUGGACUUCUUGAGUCAGAACAACUUUCAACAAAGAUGAAUACAGAUCAACCAAAACUUUUCACUGUUCCCCGAAGAAGACCUUUUGAAAAUUUUACAGAGAAUGUAAAGCAAAACAGGGUUCCAAUGAGUCUCUUCAAACAAAAUGAUAUGCCUUAUUAUGGUGACCUAUGUGUCAGAGCAAAAAGUGACACAAUUAGAUGCUGGAUUACAGGCAUGACUCAGCUAAAUUUUGAUCACUUAGUUGUUGUCGAUCACAACAACAUGUCUGUCAAAAUUUUUCAGACGAAAGAAAAAAACCCAAUGAAAUCAGCUAUAAAAAUGCCUUCUAAGCCAUGGGAUGUUGCUGUUGUACCUAAGCCAUGGGAUGUUGCUGUUGUACCAAAUAAUGAGAUUGCUGUCACUCUACCAUAUGACAAUGUGAUCCAGUUCCUUUCAACAAAAUCAAACAUGCUCUCAACAACACACACUGUAACAGUGCAAGGCAAAUGUAGUGGCAUUAGUUACUGUGAUAACAAAAUGGUUGUAACCUACAUUGAUCCAUUAAAAUGUGAAAUUAUGGAUAUAAAAGGGACAGUUCUUGUUCAAAUAAAUGGACAAAUAGACAACAAAUAUACAAUGGUAAAUCCAUCUUAUGUCAAGUGCACAAACCAAGAAAUCUAUAUUUCUGAUAAUGGCGCUAGACGCAUAAUAAAACUGAAUUGUCAUGGUAGCAUAAUUGACAGUUUCAGUGUCAAAGGACAGUAUAAAGGUAUCUCCCUUUCAAAUGAUAGAACACUGUACGUGUGUGAGCAGGGUUCAGACAGCAAUAUAUUGCAGAUACUAGAAGACUUUAAAACAAGGAAAAAAGUGAUUGAUCAGUAUAGGUGUCCGCAGACCAUAUGCUGCUGGGAUGAUUGGGAUAAUGGCUUACUCUAUAUAAGUAAUCAUCGUUACACUGAUACAGACAACUUUCUGACUGUCUACAGAAAUAAGUAACAACUGAGGGGGGGCAGGGUGGUGAAUCAAAUGUGAACAAUAUGCCAUAGGGCGUGAAGUAUAAAACUGAUUAAUUAGUCCACAAUAGUGAUAUCAAUAGCUGCCAAAUUAGUCCUGAAAACAAUAUGCUACCUUAUAAAAUCAACUAUUCUUAAAGAAAUGAAUAAAACUUUGGCAGAAUCAGCAACUGAAAACAGAGAGAUGUCUACUCUUAUAAAAUUAUUCAAUGUAUGCAUGUAAAAUGCAAGAUUCUAAAUUAACUACAACAAAGUGCAUUGACAUGUUAUAUAGAGGAUAUUGAAUAAGUGUACUUUAAUACUAAAUUUAUUGAACGAGUUGAAUAAAAUCAUAUUAUGCGAGCCUCUGGCGAGCAUAAUAUUGUUUUAUUCAAUGAGUUCAAUAAAUUUAGUAUUGAAUCUUCACGAAUACAAUAUUCUGUUUAUCACAUAUGUA